GUAUCACUGGUUACCGUCCACGGCGUUGAUCCAAGGCCCCGAUGACUAUGACUUGUCUAGUGUGGGUGACAGUGACAAAGCGUCUUUGACUGUUUAUCUCACACGCCACCGACCACUUGCGGUCUUCUUCAAUGACGUUACUACAGCGAUGAACGAACUUCGACAGUGCCCUGCUUCGAGUGUCGCAGAACCUGUUGCAAGGUCCCUGAGUAGUUGCUUGAGUGAAGUUGCACGAUCGUUGCGCGACUUGAAGGGGACUAUAGCGUCUACAGACGAGCCGGAGCUUCGUCGAAUGACACGCCACUUUGCCGAUAUCGUCGUUCCCGUGGUGGCUGACAUGUAUUCAAAAAUUUACGGUGAUGUUGCACAGCAUUAUUUACCGCUUAUCAGUACUGAAGUGUUGUCGGGAAUUGAGGAUUCUCGCAUAGAAUCUCCUGAAGAAGUCAAUGGUUGUGAUGAAGAGUCAAAGAACGAUAUUGCGGUGGACGAUCCGCCACCACAGAGUGGUGUUGUCACUGAUACCCC